UGCACUUAAAUGUCAAAAAAAAAACACUCUAAAACUAACAUUCGGGUUUCCCAAAUUGACCUCCCAAAAAUAAUCAAAAAUAUAUAUUUUGUUAGGUUAAAAAACUUCUUAAUAAUGGCUGCUGUUCCCGAAGUUGUCCGUGGAAAGGACUACGUUCGUCUGCCGAUUUACUCCAGCUGGUACCGACGCAAGCUCAACCCAAAGAGGAACAAACCAAACAAAAAGUGUCAAAAUCUGCCUGCAGCUGUCAGGACUUUCAUCAGCAAUCAUCUCAAGCAUUAUUUCCAUACGCAAACAGUACGACAAGGCAAAGCAGUCCGCGGCCUAACCCCAUACCUGAAAGUGAUUUUGACAGCUAAUGUAUUCACUGUGGUGCUGCUCAUUGGCAUGGUCUUCCUGCCCUUCCUGUUCUACUUCUUCGUAGAGGACUCGUAGAAGGAGCAGCUGCAUAACAGGGAUGCCCAAACUAAGGCCUAGGCGAUGUUACAAUCGUUUUAAUUUAU